UCAGUCGCCAAAGACUCAAUCUGCAAACAUGAAGUUCUUCGUCGUUGCUGCCCUGGUGGCCGUGGCUGCCGCCGCCCCCUCCACCCCCUACAGCCCCCGGCCGGCCUACCACCCGGCCCCGGCCUACCACCAGCCGUCCUACAAGGAGCCCGCUCAGCCGUACCAGUUCGACUACGCCGUCAACGACCACUACUCGGGCGCCGUCUUCUCGCAGAACGAGAACAGCGACGCCAAGAACGUCAACGGCUACUACUCGGUCAACCUGCCCGACGGCCGUGUGCAGACGGUCAAGUACGUGGCUGACCAGCAGGGCUACGGAGGCUACAACGCCGAGGUGACCUACGAGGGCGAGGCCCGCUACGACGAGUACAAGCCCAGCUACAAGCCCAGCUACAAGCCCGCUUCGUACGCCGCUCCGUCCUACCAGCCCGCCUACAAGCCUGCCUACACGCCCGCCUACAAGCCCGCCUACAAGCCCGCCUACCAGCCGGCCUACAAACCCGCCUACAACUAAAGUUCUUUGAACUGAGCUUUUCUUUCUAUUUAUGUAUAUCAAUUCAUAAGUGGCUUUACGUGAGAUUGGUCCGUUGGUUGUGACUGUUUUUGCAUACAAAUAUAUAUUUCAUUGACAUU